AGAAGGAGCGGUAGAGGUAGAGGUAGGAGGUAGAGGGAGAAGGGUCGAAGAAGCAGGCUAACAACAGCGAAAGAAACGAAAAAGAGAGAGAGAGAGAGAAGCUGUGGUGGAGGUGGUUGGAUGCUGGUGCUGUCGGCGGUAGCAGUAGUAUAAAGGGUGGGAGAAGAACGGAUAGGAGAGGCGAGGGGAAAACUCGUGGCGAACGUGGACCUGUGCCCGUGGCUCCUCGUCGCAUGGCCGACCUGCCGACUCGCUCUCCGCAAGGUGAGACGCGCGGAUCGAAGCGAACGCAAGUCUAAGGAUCGCGCGGAAUUCUUGGUGAAACGGUCGUGCUACCUCUGUCAUAGAUAUUCGGCGGUGGUGGUCCUCCGAAUUUUGCGCGUAUCUUCCCAAGGCCUGUUCCCUCGCGCGAGGAUGAAUUUGCUGCGACAUCGAGCGCGGUCUCGACUCGACGCUCGAUAAAAAACUCUUAUCAAGGCGCGUCGAGACUCGCGUAAAUCUCAGCCGAAAACUUUGUCGCUUGCUACGAGUUUGAAACUUCCUUUACGCGUUUCGUCGACUUAAAUAACUAAUAUUAUCAUCUUCUCAUAUCGUAACAACAUCCACGUUUCGCGCCAUGGAUUUUACGCGCACGCGCACCCAUAACAACCACGUGUCACUUGCAUGAUCCUUUCGUUCUCUUAUCCCCUUAUUUCCAUGCAUCGCAAAAUGGAUCGAGUGUACGUGAAACAGUGCAACUAAGAGCUCUUAUUAUUAUUAUUGGAUAUUAUCGCGAAUGUUAUCCUACGAUCAGUGUUUUGUGCUAAACCUUUAAGAAAUAAACUUAUCGCUCAUAGACAGAAACUGGUUUCGAAAGUGUACCUACCCCGUUGCUUUCCCAUUCGGAGGUCGGACCAGAUCGAACGUCUUCGGUCCAAAGUUUUACGCCUUUGGAAUAUUCUUCUGUUCGAUUUACUUUUCUGACUCGCAUUCAUAAAUGAUCAUUGUCAUCGAGUUUAUCCUGACACCGGACAUGCACCGAGCCCGGUGAAAAGACAGCUAUGGCAAGAACGCCGAGAACAAGUAUUCGACGAGCCUCCACCGAUCAUUUUCAUCCUCGCCCUCGCAACAAUCGAAAACAACAACGCGAAGAAGAGGCUUGCGUUCUCAAGGUCACCUUGGCAAGGCCCUCGACCUCCUGGAUGGCAUGAGAGCUCAUCAUGUUCAUCAACCACCGACACUGGCCACGAGCGCUGUCGACAUUCAACAUCUUCGGGGUGACGUUAAUCCUACUAAUCGUCCUCGGCUAUUACGAUGUCUCCGCGGAUCUUAAUUCGGAGUUCGUUAAAGGGAAAAUCUGCAUUGGAACAAAUGGUCGUCUUUCCGUGCCGUCCAAUAAACAACACCAUUAUCGGAAUCUUCGAGACCGGUACACCAACUGUACUUACGUCGACGGUAACUUGGAGAUUACGUGGCUGCAGAAUGAAACCCUCGAUCUCAGCUUUCUUCAAUAUAUACGAGAAGUCACCGGGUAUGUCCUCAUUAGUCACGUGGACGUACGGAAAAUCAUCCUUCCUAGAUUACAAAUCAUACGUGGAAGAACCCUCUUUAAACUCAAUAUACAUGACGUGGAAUUCGCCCUGUUCGUCACGAUGUGUCAAAUGCAUAAUCUGCAGAUGCCGGCCCUCAGAGACAUUCUUAACGGAAGCGUCGGUAUGUACAACAACUACAACCUCUGCCACAUCCAAACGAUCAAUUGGGAGGAAAUAAUUACGGGUCAAGGUGGAAAAUAUCUUUACGUGUAUAAUUUCACAUCGCGCGAACGCAAUUGCACGGCGUGCGACAAAAGUUGCGAACAGGGUUGCUGGGGAGAAGGAGCUGAGAAUUGUCAAAGGUUUUCCAAGACGAACUGCUCGCCCCAAUGCUGGCAGGGCAGGUGCUUCGGGUCCAAUCCACGCGAGUGCUGUCAUCUUUUUUGCGCCGGUGGCUGCACUGGUCCUAAACAAAGCGACUGCCUCGCUUGCAAAAACUUCUUCGAUGACGGAGUUUGUACGCAAGAGUGUCCGCCAAUGCAAAAGUACAAUCCAACGACUUACUCGUGGGAAGCCAAUCCAGAUGGAAAAUAUGCUUACGGAGCAACGUGUGUCAGAAAAUGUCCUGAACAUCUUUUGAAAGAUAACGGAGCUUGUGUAAGAUCUUGUCCACCAAAGAAAAAAGUUUUGAAUGGCGAAUGUGUACCUUGUGACGGUCCUUGUCCAAAGACUUGCAAAGGAGUUGAAAAGGUUCAUUCCGGUAACAUCGAUAGUUUUAAAGAUUGCACGAUUAUCGAAGGAUCCAUCACAAUUCUCGAUCAAAGUUUCGAAGGAUUCCAAGACAUUUACCCGAAUUUCACUUUCGCCAAACGUUAUAAAAAAAUGCAUCCUGAUAAAUUGGAAGUCUUUAGUACGUUAAAAGAAAUCACGGGAUACUUAAACAUACAAGGCGAUCAUAAAGAUUUUACAAAUCUUUCAUAUUUCCGUAAUCUCGAAGUGAUCGGUGGUAGAACCUUAACAGAAUAUUUUUCAUCUUUGUAUAUCGUAAAAACAUCCUUGGUAUCAUUGGAUCUGAGCGCAUUGAAAAAGAUUAAUUCCGGUGCUAUUGCUAUAUUGGAGAAUAAAAAGUUGUGUUACGCUCAGAGUAUUAAUUGGAAUAGAAUUAAGAAAUCCUCGGAACACGACAGCUUGUAUAUGAACAACAGAAAUGAGACUGAUUGCAAAGCAGAAAAUUUGGUAUGCGAUGAGCAAUGUUCAGAUGAAGGAUGCUGGGGUCCUGGACCAGCUCAAUGUUUAUCUUGUAGAAAUUUCAUUUUAGGUAAUGAUUGUCUUCAAAAUUGCGUUGCAUCUGGGAUUUAUCAAGCAGACGAAAAAACUUGCAAACUUUGUCAUGAUGAAUGCGAUGGCUCUUGUACCGGACCGAAUGCUGAACAUUGUACCAAAUGUAAACACGUUAGAGAUGGUCCUUACUGUGUUCAGGAAUGUCCGUCUUCGAAAUAUAACGAUAAUGGUCAAUGUAAACAUUGUCAUGAAAAUUGUGUAGGCGGUUGCGAAGGUCCAGAAAACAACAUAGGAGCUAACGGAUGCCAUAGCUGUGAAAAAGCGAUUAUGAAUGGUCAUAUACCUGAAGGAUGUUUACAGAAGAGAGAACCAUGCCCAGAUGGGCAUUAUUACGAGUGGGUUAGUCCACUAGAGCAAGGUGCUUUAAAACCACUCGCAGGUAAAUCUGUAUGUCGAAAAUGUCAUCCACGUUGUAAGAAAUGUACGGGCUAUGGUUUUCACGAACAAGUGUGUCAACAAUGUACGAAAUAUAAAAGAGGAGAGCAAUGCGAGGAUGAAUGUCCUGCUGAUCAUUUUGCUGAUGCUGAAACACAAUUAUGUUUACCAUGUUUCGAAGAAUGCCGUGGUUGUUUCGGAUCUGGACCCAAUCAAUGUUACAAAUGUCGUAAUUACAAAAUCUACAUAGAUGGUGAUCCAAAUAAUAAUUCAACUUCCUUCAAUUGUACCGAAACUUGUCCACCGGAAUAUCCGCAUAAAGUCUUCCUUCAGGAUAAUGAGCCCUACUGUUCCUUAGAAAUCGUCGGUCCUGGCUUUCAAACAGACAACGAACUUCGACCUGCUAUCGUUGCCGGUGCCAUAGUUUUCAUAUUGAUAUUCAUACUAGUUGCAUUGAUAAUCACCUAUCAAUGGCGAAUGCAUGCGAAAGCUAAAGAGAAUACAGUCAAAAUGACGAUGGCAUUGACAGGGUUGGAUGACAACGAACCACUUCGACCAACAGGUGUAAAACCAAAUUUGGCGAAGUUACGUAUAAUCAAAGAAGAAGAGAUGAGAAAGGGUGGCAUAUUAGGUUACGGUGCUUUUGGUAACGUCUAUAAAGGUGUUUGGGUUCCGGAAGGUGAGAAUGUCAAAAUUCCAGUCGCCAUCAAAGUUUUACACGAAGGUACAGGCACGAAUACUUCGAAAGAAUUUCUCGAUGAAGCAUACAUUAUGGCUAGCGUCGAACAUCCAAAUUUGUUACAAUUGUUAGCCGUUUGUAUGACAUCUCAAAUGAUGUUGGUAACACAAUUAAUGCCAUUAGGCUGUCUAUUGGACUUUGCGCGAAGGUACAAAGAUAAAAUAGGCUCGAAGGCUUUAUUGAAUUGGUGUACCCAAAUAGCAAGAGGUAUGGCUUAUCUCGAAGAAAGAAGGCUCGUUCAUAGAGAUUUGGCUGCACGCAACGUUCUCGUACAAACGCCUAAUUGUGUGAAAAUCACAGACUUUGGAUUGGCCAAACUUUUGGAUAUCAACGAAGAACAAUAUAAAGCAGCGGGUGGGAAAAUGCCGAUAAAAUGGUUAGCGUUGGAAUGUAUACAACAUCGAGUUUUUACUCACAAAUCCGAUGUGUGGGCAUUUGGUGUUACUAUAUGGGAAGUACUCACUUAUGGUGGUAGACCCUAUGAACACGUGCCAGCAAGAAACGUUCCUGAAUUGUUGGAGAAAGGUGAAAGACUGCCACAACCUAUUAUCUGUACUAUAGAUGUUUAUAUGAUUAUGAUCAAAUGUUGGAUGUUGGAUGCGGAGUCAAGGCCGAGUUUUAAAGAACUAGCCGAAGAGUUUGCUAAAAUGUCUAGGGACCCUGGCCGAUAUUUAGCAAUUAAAGGAGACAAAUACAUGAGGCUACCGUCAUACACUUUACAGGACGAGAAAGAAAUGAUUCGAAAUCUUGCAUCAGCUAUGGAGGGACCCGAAGCAUUAGUGGAUGCCGAUGAAUAUCUUCAACCAAAAUCGAGAGCACCUGUUCCACCUGGCAUUUCAGUAUCCAGUACUUCCGAUUCACCACCACAUUCGCCUGUUAAAACUUGUUGGGCAAAUGGCAAACCACUCGCCGGAGAUUCUCCUAUACCGCAAAAUCAACAAAAUUGGGAUAGAGAAUUGUUGAGGUAUAAUUCGAAUCAUGGAAAUGCAAAUGCGUCCCACGAACCUGGAAAUUCUGGACAACACGGUCAUUAUGCUCAUCCAAAUGGCCAUUGUGGACACGUUGUAGGUUCCGAUAGUUCAAGUUCGAGAUACUGUUCUGAUCCAUUAAAAAUGGUCGGUGUCAGAGACUGUGACGUAACAGACGACUGCUACCCUACCGAAGUAAAUGCGGCACACCAACAAGCACAAGUAGGCAAUCUUAAAUUAGAUUUGCCAUUGGACGAAGACGAUUAUUUAAUGCCAUCGCCACAACUUCCAACGAAUACGACUCAGUACAUGGAUCUCAUAGGAGACACAAAACCUACAGACUCAGAAACAAAACGAAUGAACAGUGGUUAUAGAAAAUAUCCAGAGUUCUUGACGAUCCAAGGAAAAACGUCGUUGGAUAAUCCAGAAUACAUAAUGUCCCAAGAUGAAGGACCUCUCACGCCUCAAACUCUAGGAAUUCCAACGCCAGAUUUAGAGAAAGUCUUAACUAACGGGACGUUCGGUUCUCAAGUUCGACAAAGAAGUUCCGAGGAAGAAUCGGAUCACGAGUAUUACAAUGAUUUCGAUAGACUCGAACGCGAGCUACAACCGUUGAAACCUUUUAGGAAAAACGAGACGACCGUUUGAUUAUAUUCAAAUCGUCAUUGUAUUAUGCAAGACGAAUAACGAUUUGGAAACGAAAGGGAUAUGUCAUUAAACAGUCGGAAAAUAAAGAUCGAAUGUUAGAAGAAAAGCAUUCGCAUUUAAAGAAGGAUUACUCAAAUGAGUACGUCUUACAGUACUUACAAAGGACGCUUCAUACAAGUGCCGUGCUCGAUUGUGAUUAGAGUUAAGUCGUAUAGUAUGAGAACAGUGAAAGAUUAUUAGAUUGAGAAACAGAAAAAUAUAACGUAAGAUAAAUCGGACAACGUCGGAUAAAAAAAUCUGCGAAAGCAUAUAUACAUUAUCCGCGUUCAAGCGAAUAAAUAGUGCAAACGUUUUUUCUUAAUGUGCCAUUUGCCAUGGCUUGUAAAUAAAUUGUUACCUUCAAAUCUGUAAGUUUUAGAGAGCUUUGGCGUAAGGUAAUGGCAUAAGGCUGCACGAACAAUACAUAAUUGUUUCUCUUCCCUUUCACUUUGAAAAAUUUCGUAUCCUAAAUUUCCUUCUAAUAAUGAUAUACCUAAUUGAUCGAAAACACACACACACAUCUGUCUCUAUAUAUUAUAUAUGAUAGAAUAUGACACGACAAUUCGACAAUUUCGUCUUUAGAUAGAUACAACCUUGCCUCAAUGACUGAUCAUUUAGAAAUAUCGAUAAUUUUGAAUUAUAUUAUAACGCGAGCAAACCUAUUUUUGGGAUCUAAAAAGAUCCAUGAACAUUUGAAUUGCCCAUUUCGGAGCAUCGUGCGGUUAACCGCUGACUGUGAUACAAAAAAGACAUUCUACUUUACCUUGGGAACACUUAAAUAUUGUUACGGCUAUCCUUAUUUCUUUCUUUCGCUCAUUUAUUGUUUUUUUAUUUUUUAUUUUAGGACGAUCCUCUCGAAUAAAUUAUCAAAAAAUACGAGAUAAAGAAAAAGUGACGAAACGGUCAUCGACCCGAAUUCCCCAUACAAAUACGAAAUGUUAUUGUGUCUUUACUUAAAAAUUUUAUAUCAUUCUUACUCGUUUAGACGAUAUUUUCGAUGCCUUUGUUAUGCCAUUGUUUUUUUUUCUUCUUCUUCUUUUUCUUCUUCUUCUUCUCUUUUUCCUCUCUCUUUUUCAAACGCUCAAUUAAAAUCGAAUUCAUAUGAUUUUGAUUUUUAUACGAAAUGCGAUUGUAAAUAAAUUAGCAGUUAGUAAUAUUCUAAUUGUAAGCGAAAACUUCUACAACGGCGGAAGUUGAAAGUACUUGAAAAAGAAGAAUACGUAGUUUUAUUGCCUAGAUCGAAAAACGGGCUGUAUAAAAUAUAUAGUUAUACAAUGACGCACCAUGUAACAUUAGGGUAGGACGUGCCAUGUUUGUACAGGAAAAAACAAAGAAUUAAUUGAAAUGGAUCUAUUAUCUAUGUACGUAUUUAAAAAAAAAAUAUCUUUUUAAAGAAACGAGUCCUCUUUCUCGGUCACCCGAUACAUUUAUUAUGAAUCGGUAUAUGCGUAUGCGAAAUUGUUACUUGCGAGUUCCAUAAUAUUUCUGUGAUAAAAAAUACAAUUAGAACCUUAACAAUAAUGCGAAAAGAAAAAAAGAGACAAUUUUAUACAUCUUAAGCGUUUCUAAAUAUUAUAUAACAAAACAAUUUAUAUAUCUAUACGUUUUUAAAUAUUAUAAAACAAAACAUUUUAUAUAUUUAUAUUUCUAUAUAUGUAAUUAUAAAAGGAAACAAUUUGUUAACGGUCACAAUUUUGCUACGCGUAACACGAUCUCUCAUAUACAAUAAUAAAUUAUCUAAGGAAGAAGGAGGGAGAGGAAGAACGCCAGUCCGAAUUGUGUAUAUUGUGUUUAGGCGUUACUAAUUACUAUUGAUUAUUUCCAUUGUGUAAUAUAUAUAUAUCAUCGCGCCACGCUGAAUAACAGAAAAAUCGAAAAAAAGAAGAGCAUUGUUUGUAAAAAAUAUUUUUUCUGAAGAUCUCUAAUAUUCUAACGCUCGUUUUAUUUAGUAUCUUUAUUGUCAUUUCUCUCACAUUUCCUUUUCUCCCUCUCUCAUAUGCACUCACCUCCUACCUACUCCCACACCCGCCUCUUAUCUUACUAAUUAUAUUCAUUCGUUCCUUUUUUCCUCCAUCACAUUCUCACAAUUAUUUUAUUCAAUAUCUUUAUCAUUAUUUCUCUCACAUUUUCCUCUUUCCCUCUCUUCCUCCUCCUCUCAUCAUCUUACUCAUCUUUUCUCGUUUCCACGAAUUUACGUAAAAAAUAAAGUGUUGUUAAGCGCUACAAGAAACUUGAAAAAAAAUUGUACAUUAUUAUAAACGGCCGGUGAGGACUAAUAGCGUUAACGAAAAGUUACAUUUGCCAUUCGGUUGUGGAGAUAGAAUUUAUAGAUCUUUAUAUAAUUAUCAUUGUAUAUCGAAAUAUUGUAAUAAAGAAAACAUUCAACAUUCGUAAA